AUGCAUUCCGCAAAGAUGGCAGAUAUUCUGCGUACAGAUCUGGCAAAGACUGGAUCUACAGCUGCAGCAUCAAUCACCGAUGUCCACCAGUUGUCCUCUUACAACUGGAUCGAAGCGCCUGAACCCACCAUCGCAGUCCCAGGAAAGCCCGCCCUUUGGUCUCCUCCAAAGGCCCCCCGAAAAGUAGCGAAGGACUCUGGCCUUAUCUACUCAGCCCAGAACGCCGCUCGCCAUCCAGACAGUCCACUCGAGCCUCUGUUUCGAUCCUUGCUUAUUACAGACCCUUCAUUCGACUUUCAGUCGGUUGGCCUCGUGACUGAUCGAAACAACAUCCGCAAACUCUUGUCAUUCAUCAACCCAAGUUUGAGCAGGAAUGGAAGGGAGCCUUUUACUAUCAAGGUCGAAGUUAUCGACGACAUUGCAAUCUUCUGUCGUUCAGAGGCCGAGGUAUCGCGGUUUAUCGCUCCAGAUAAAUUCGUUGGGUAUGGUUGUGAGUUCGAGAAGGCGUACACUAGCGAGCAGAUCAGUGGCAGCACUGGACAUCACCGAAUUAUCUCGUAUCAGUUCAGUGAUUUGAAGCUCAUCGUUCGUUACGAGACAGAUGGGUACGUCGAUAACGCGCCCACAAAGGGUAAGGAGAUGGACAGCGAGGAUCUCACCUCGCUGAUCGAAAGUCUAUCUCUGGGAUCAACCUCUUCUAUUGUAUCUCCCGCCUCUGCCAAGUCCAAAUUAAUGAUCAAAAAAGAAGGUGAAGCAGUGCCAAUCGAAUCGACACUAGAAAUCAAGACACGCAGCGCGUACAAACCUUUUGACAUUCAAGAAGUCAUUCCGCAUCUGUGGGUAUCUCAAACUCCUAAUCUCGUCCGUGCAUUUCACAAGCAAGGCCUGUUCGCCGUACCGCAAGUCGAGAAUCUUACCCGUGAAAUCAAGCAAUGGGAGGAGGAUCAUCAGGGCGACUUACAAAAGCUGGCUGUCUUGAUCAAGAAGAUUAUUAAUGUUGUAAAAGCAAAUGGCGGAGCUGGUGUCGUCAUAUAUGAUUUUGACCAAGGCGACAAGUUGGUGAUUUGGCCAGCUGAUGGAAACAAAUUGUUGCCAGAGGACGUCUAUGCCAGAUUGCAGAAGCCCUCAUACUAA